AUGUCUCACCCAAAUACCAAGAAAGCGAAAGCGAACUCACCGGCGACUGAAGACGAGCUCGUAGGUCUUCUGGAAGAUGCAAACCUACCAGAAUACGUGCAAGGUCAACCAUGCGACCUGGAGGACCAGGACAAGCCCCAGCCCACUAGAUCUUCUCGCGAAAAGAAAUACGCAACUAUCGCAGGUGUUCUCAUAGCACUCAUAUUUGGUGGCGCUCUGGCCAAGGUUCUGUCCACUUUACGUGCGGCAUCUCCCGCUCCUGGUGCAGACGACACACUCUAUUCGAAUGGGACUCACGAGUUCAAGAAAACUGUGCUCAUCGUAUCCAUAGAUGGCUUACGGGCAGACUAUCUGGACCGAGGCUUUACACCCCACUUGCUCGAUAUCAGUAAGAAAGGCCUCAGAGCUAAAUACAUGAAACCUAUCUUCCCAACUUUGACGUUCCCCAAUCACUGGGCAUUGAUGACUGGGCUAUAUGCGGAAUCCCAUGGUAUCAUUGCCAACAACUUCUGGGAUCCUGUAAUUCGCAGUGAAUUUGCAUACAAUCGUCCCGAGGCGUCUUGGAAUUCCUCCUGGUGGUUCGGCGAACCAAUGUGGGAGACAGCAGAGAAAUCUGGUGCGAUAACAGCUAAUUUAAUGUGGCCUGGUCCUCCAGUGACAACAUCGGGGUGUUCACCUACGUACUAUAUUCCUUGGAGGAACCUAGUCCCUCUUCAGGAGAAGCUCGAUCAAAUUAUGACCUGGAUAGAUUUUCCUCUUGAAACAAGGCCUCAGCUCAUCAUGGCAUACGACCCUUCUCUGGACCAAGCUGGUCAUCUCACUGGUCCUAUGUCGGCUUUGACUAACAAAACGUUAGCGGAAGUAGACAUUUUCGCGAAAGAUCUUCACAACUCACUAGAGGAACGAAACCUCACGGAUAUAGUCGACAUUAUUUUCGUCAGUGAUCAUGGUAUGACUGACACCAGCCACCCCGAGUGGGUCUAUCUUGAUGAUAUUCUUGGAGAAGGUUAUGACCUAAUUGAGCACAGUGAUGGUUGGCCAUCUGCCGGAUUGCGCUUCAAACCCGGAACUAACGAAUCUAAAUACCUUGAUAUACUCCUUAAUGAAGCAGGUUUGAACCCCGGACGGUUUGACGUGUUCACCCACGAAACGAUGCCAGAGCGGUAUCACUUUGCCAAUCACUAUCGUAUCGCCCCUAUCUACGUCGUGCCAAACAUGCAUUAUGCUCUGACAAACAGAGUGGAAGGAGAGAGCGGUGUCUCCAAAGGGAACCAUGGUUAUGACAACGAUGAGCCAUCUAUGCGAGCCAUGUUUGUCGCGCACGGUCCAUUCUCCCAUGGGGCAAAGUCAUCCCUUUCUUCUCUGUCCGAGUCUGUGGAAGCAUGGGACUCUACGUCUGACGAUCACUACAUCAUGAAAGGGUUUGAUAACGUGCAAAUCUACAGUCUCGUGAUGAGGUUGCUUGGUAUCGAGAACACGGCAAGCACGAAUGGGACCAGGAGUUUCUGGGACCCCUACUUCAAGUUUUAA